AUUUACACAUGUUAAGAAAUUUGCUGGAAAUAAAAGCAGCUCAAUGUGAGUAUAUUAAAAUUCUAUAUUUGGAGGUUUUUUUGUGAUAGAAAGUCGAUGGGGAUAAUGUGCACCGUGUUGGCCGGUUAUUAAUAGCUCAGUUGUGGGUGUGUCGAAACCAGUUACGUAGCCCCGCCCCCUUCCUGUGAGAAACCCUAACCUGUGUGCGCGUGCACACCGCUCUCGCGCUCCGCAUUAGGCCAGCUAACUCGGCUAAGUGAUUUACCUCAGGAAAUUCAAGCCAAGUUCACCGAGCUAAAAAUGUAGUUUAUAAUUUAGGCAGCUCUAAUUUGAGGUUAUAUCUGCAAGUACGCCGGUACAGGAGGGCUGGGAGACUUGAAUUAGUGAAUAAAGCGACUUAUUAGUGUCUUGUUUAGAAAGAGAGAGAGAGAGAGAGAGAGAGAGAGAGAGAGAGAGAGAGGUGUGACCUGAAAAUGAACUGUUGAUUUGGAGCUGUGACAAAUGACCGAUGGAGAAGACAUAUAAACUACUGCUGGGGAUUUUUACAGUUGCCCUAUGCAAAUAUUCGCAGGCUGAAUGGAAUACUACGAGGGACGCUGCAAAUAAGACUGUGUCCUGCGGUCCCCAUGACAACAGCGGCAACUGCACAGACACAAAGGAUAUCCACCAAUGGAGUGACCAGUUCUCUGAGUGUCCUGACAAAUAUACACAUUUUUGUAUCCAUGGGACAUGCCAUUUUGUGCAGUUGGACAACAGGCCCAUCUGCAAAUGUGAGAGUGGAUACUUCGGUGCUAGAUGUGAAUAUUUGUAUUUCGACUGGUUGGUGGGCGAACAGAGGGAAAUAGUCAUCAUUAGCAUUAUAUCUGGACUGGUCAUUCUGCUUCUCAUCAUUGUCUUUAUAUGCAUCUGUGCACACAGAAGGCUAUAUCGAAAAAAGAGAAGAAAAGAGAAGAAAAGGGAUGAAGUGGAGCGGUUGACUACACUAAACACAAACGAAGCGUCACUCGCCAUCGGGGACAUGUCUGACACGAACACAGUAUGAGAGCUGUAAAACCAAUCUACACCGAGUUCUCCUGCUGGACAGGAAGACGUCCUGCCCGAUUAAUGAACCUGAAAGCCUUUAAAUGGCCCCAAGGGACGUGGCACGUGAUCCAACUCCAGUCUUUAUAAUUAUAAUUCAGCUGCAACUGGGAAUGAUUACAGAGGCAGGAAGGUAAACAGCAAAAGACUACAUGCUGUGUACUUUUUUCCCCCAGGAUGCAACACCAGCAGCAGUGCGUCGUGAAUGUUGUGGGCAUAGGAUCAAGAAUCGCUUGUUUGUUUGUUGCUUAACAAGCCAGAUUUACAGAUCACUAGAACUGUAGAAUAGAUCUGUUUUUCUGUAAUGCCCCAAAUGACAGUUUAAUAGAUGGUUAUAUUAUACAAGUGGAUCUUUUUUGUAUAAGAAAGGUUAUUGUUUUGGGAGGGGUUUUUUGCGAUUAAAAAAAAAAAAAAAGUCUUUUCAAGUAAAAAAAAAAAACAAUUAUUUAGUCAAAUGUAUCUAACAUUUCUGACGGUGUUUAUGAUUAUGAUAAAGCAAAGACAAGAUUGUUAAGCCGAUUUCCAAGACAUUUUUACUUGUUGAACUCCUGUAAAGCUUGAAAAUGUCUUCGACUGGCAGAUAUUUUUACUUCUUUUUGGAAAUACUGAGCAAAUUUGUUCUGCCAAUGCAAUUCAUCUUCCAUUUCUUUUAACAUCACGAUAAGAAAUAUUAAAUAAAUCUGCCUACAAUCUUGCUAUUUUUUGCAAAGAUAUCAUUUUCAGCGUGGAGAAAAAUCUCAAAACACUUUGGCGGCAAAGUGCAAUGAGACUAGACUACAAACACGUCACUGAGCGGCAGAUACCUCAGAACGGAUACAGCGAUGUUUGAUGUCAAAGAAUUUAAGCAUUUCUAGCAAAUACAUUGAUCUAUUUAUUGCUUGAAACAUAUCAGAAAUCUAUAUGUAAUGUGUGUGUGUGUAAAAUAACUGUAUUUUGCUAAUUUAGUGUUAUGUGCUGUUUUACUUGCUAUGUAGUUUCAGUAAAGUUUAAUCUGUCAUAAAAAAAAUGAAGCAUUUAUUGUCAUGUGUUUGCUUGUUUGCAUUAACAUUACUUGUAUUCUUUCAUCUCGCUGAGUAUCAGUGGAAGCGAUACGGUUUAUUCAAACCCUGCUGUUGUUACAGAGAGAAAAGAAAAGCGCUUGAAGUUUGCAGAUGCCACACCCAUCUACAAACUAGCUUUGGUAUGCAGUUUGCCUUUCGGUAAGGUGUAUUAACCCGUGUUGUACCUCUUUUGCCUGAUGUCUUAUUUGAAAUAUACCUGCAUGUUUGUGAUUUGGUCAAAUGUAUCCGUUUCUGCUCCAAUUUUCUUAAACACACAUAAAUUCACUUGUUCAGGACACUCGGUGUUACGCUGUUGAGGGAAAAUAAUCAACAGUGGGGUGAUGUAAUAAAGCAGAGUCAAUUUUAUCACCCUGAAGUCGU